CUCUGUCUGAAAUCGAUUCUUCUCUGUAGUGUAGUGGAACUGUGAAAUGGACCAGGUGCCAGACUCGGAACCGACGUCCCAGUCAUACUCGUCCUCUCCUCCAUUGCAAGACAUGUUCCGAUCCAGCUCUCUCAGACAAGUAGACCCAUCACCCGAGAAACACGAGCCGUCGCCGGAACCCCAACCGACACCACCUUCAAAUCUCAGCAUCCAAGACCCAGAUCACAAUUUACUCUCAGGAGACCUCCAGGUACGUCUCGCGCUAUACAUAGCCAUGGCUCACGCUGGUCUGGCCUUCGCAAUCUUUCUACUUUAUGGUUUAUAUAAGUUACUUGAAGAAUAUUUGAGACCCAUACAAUGGGCUGUGCUAUGCUCAAUCCCUUUGAGAGGAAUUCAACAAACCCUUGUUGGGUUUUGGUCCGAGCCCUUGAAAUUAGGCCUCACAGAAACUAUAUUGGCUAUACCCAUAACUAUAUUGAAGGUUUUUGUGGGUACCCUUGUUGACAUUAAGGAUGUUUUAUUCCGUGUUCUUCUUCGACGAAAGAAAUCCGACGUUAUGAGGCGGAAUCGAAGUGGGUUUACAAUAUUGCUCAGGUGGUUAGUGUCAUUUUGGGUGUUUGUGAUGGCUUAUGAGCACAUUGGUGUUAUUGGGUCUGUAGCACUUCUUGCAUUAGGCUUCAUGUUCACCUCUGGUAGUGUUGAAUCGACCAUGUCCACUGUAACAUCUUUUAGGAGUCAGAGUUUUAGGCGCAAUUCAAUUACAGCAUAUUUUACUCUGGGGAUAUUGAAAAGAUUGAAAACCAUUAUGGCUAUUGGGUUGAUUGUUGGAAUGAUUUUGGGGUCUUUGGCUGGAUUGAGUUUCUUUUCAUAUAAGAUUGGACUUGAGGGUAAAGAUGCUGUCUUCGCGCUGAAAUCUCAUGUACAAGAGAGUAAUUACGCCGAAAAAAUUGGUGUUAAGAAAUGGAUAGAUGAAAAUGAUGUGCCUGGGAUGGUGGAUAGGUACACUACAAAAUUUUAUGAAGCUGUGUCUGAGCAGAUUGAUAGUUUGGCCAUGCAGUAUAAUAUGACAGAGUUUGUCACUGGGAUCAGGCAUUUUGUGGUGACUCAAACAGUAAACUCUUCUGAGCGUUCCACGGCUUUGACAGCCCCAUCACUAUACACCGAAAAAAUGUUGAGUUUGAGGAAGAGGAUUAGUGAUCGAGAAUGGGGACAGAUCUAUUCAGAAGUGGAUGCACUCUUUAGGGAAUUGCUGAUCACCAGGGAGGAUUUGGUUGAGCAGGCAAAAGGAUAUGCCAGUCAAGGAAUGGAUGUGAUGCAAAAGGUUUUGAUCAGCAGUAAAUCUGUUAUUGGUGGGAGUGCGAAGAUGGUGUUUUUGAUUGGUAAUUCCAUCGUCUCUGGAGCAGCGGGUCUUUUCAAUUUUGUGUCUGAGUUGGUGAUUUUCUUCUGGGUGUUGUAUUAUCUUAUCACAUCAGAGUCUGGUGGGGUAACGGAGCAAGUGAUGUCUAUGCUUCCGAUUUCACAUUCUGCAAGGACUCGAUGCGUUGAAGUUCUUGAUAAAGCUAUUUCAGGGGUUCUGUUGGCAACUGCUGAAAUUGCAUUCUUUCAGGGAUGUCUUACUUGGCUUUUGUUUAGGCUAUACUCAGUACACUUCUUGUACAUGUCUACUGUAGUUGCAUUCAUCAGCCCCUUGUUACCGAUCUUUCCCUCAUGGUUCUCAACAAUUCCAGUGGCUUUGCAAUUGGUUCUGGAAGGUAGAUAUAUAUUGGCCAUCAGCUUGUCCAUUAUCCAUCUCGUGCUUAUGGAUUAUGGUACUUCUGAAAUCCUAGAGGAUAUUCCUGGUCAUAGUCCAUAUCUUAUUGGGCUGAGCAUUAUUGGGGGCGUGACAUUGUUCCCAUCUGCAGUGGAGGGAGCAAUAAUGGGGCCACUGAUAACUACAGUUGGGAUUGCACUUAAGGAACUGUAUCAAGAAUUUGUUUUGGAUGAACCAAAGGAAACAAACAAGUAGAGUCAAAUGUAAGUUUUCAAUGCUUUCUUCCAAGAAAAAAUGUUUGCGGACUGUUAAAGAGCUAAUGCACCUUAGUUGAGCUGGCCAGGUGGGAAAUCAGUGGUUCAAGCAUGCGAGUUUCGCCAAUGUGUUUGUGGCCCUCUCUGCCCCAACAUAACAUGUUUAUUAAAUUUUGCUACCAUAUUGUGUCUCUGUAUUGUUCCACGGAGUUUGUGCUUGUUUCUUUCUUUUUUCUUUGAGCGUAAAUAGAGAAGUUUUCGUUACAUCUCUUCUUCACCGCAAAAUCUCUUUAAAUAGUAACCAGUGUGGCCAU